AUGUCCGUAGUCUGUCCCGGAUACUAUUUCUUUCCGAUUUUGGCCGGCUACAACACGGGCACACUUUUCGGCCGCUUCUUCCGAAGUCACAUCUACAUGACCGUCUGGACGUUCUUUCUGAGCUCCGAACUUCCGGCUAUCACCUGGUGCUUCAUCUACAGACACAACGCCGCAGUCGACAUGGGAUCGGUAAAGAAAAGACGAUCAAAAGUAUGAACACACUGUCAGUUUGGGAUUUGCAGAGACGAACGCGAAAGAGGCCGUUCAAAAAAUCGAUAUUCGUCCUCGUCCAGUCGUUUCCGUUUCUAUCCUCCUUUUCGCUGUACAUGUCGGAAAUUACACCAGAGCAAGCGGUCAGCUACAUGCAAAAGGUAUCUUACAUACAUUUUACUAUAUAAUACAUACAAAACAAUGUCUUCUUUCAGAACUAUCCACAAUGUGUCUAUUGGCUCGACAGUCCGUUGUUCACAGUUUACGAUUACAAUUCGAACGCGUGGAUUGCAGUGUGUGGAGUCGGAUCUUUGAUCGUUCUUUGUAUUUACAUAAUGUCAGAUCGACUAAAGGGUACAAGACAGCGAAUUUUGAUUUUUCUUCAGACUCGGUGGAAUACUGGGUGUCCAUACAAUGAUGAUUCUUCAAAAGUUGCAGAAGAACAUGUCCGUGAAAACGUACCGAAUGCACCGGAACGCCCUGGUCAGCCUCUCGCUCCAAGUCGUCAUUCCUUCAGUUUUUCUCAUAUGCCCCCUUUACGUGUGUCUAUGGGUUGUGUUGUUCAAUCUGAUCGAAUAUCAGUCGUUUGCUUCGAACAUGACCGUCAUGAUCGGAUGCCAUUCGGUUUGCUCCUCGAUUGUCAUGAUUUCAACCAAUCCACGAUAUCGCGCACUUAUCCGCGACUAUUUUUGUGGGUUAGUGUGGAAAGAUACACAAAUGAUUGUUCAGAUAUUAUUGUUCAGAAGGCGAAGAGUGGUCCGUCGAGGAACCGUGGAUCCUGUUUCGAGCAUGCCAAAGAGCAGUUUCACUUUGACUUGAUAUGGAUAGGGGGCGCAACAAAGGGGGCGUGGCCUGCCUAAUUUUCUCCCAAGUUUCGCGCGCGCAUGUUUGAGGCCAUGUACCGAGGUCCACAAAUGAAGUACCAUACUUAAAAUGAUUUACUUUAUGUAAUCGACCGUGCUGAAUCCAAUGAACAACUCAGUUUCCCGUGAAAACGCACCGUUUUUCUAAAAACCGGCGAAAACGAAAAUGGAACUCAGUCUGAGAGCUCGUGUGGCCGGAGUUUGUGCAACACGCGGCUAAUUUUUAGUUAACUUACAGUUUAAGUGAUGGGGAAUCCGUUUUUGAAAUAAAAAUCAGAUUUCGUCUUCUCCGUUUUUUUUUACAGGCCCUCAAACUGGCACAAAAAGUUGUGAAAAAAUUUCAGCGAUGACCAUACUUUUUUAUUUUUGGAAUCUAUAGAUAAACUCUCUGAGAACUCAAAUAUAAAUUUUCAGAGCCCUAGACCCCCUGUGAGCACUUUUGUGUUCAUUUGAGUGGAGCCGGUUUCGCCGAAAUUUCAGUUUUCGGGGGAUUUAGCCGUCACAGGUACCUGACACGCGGCUAAUUUUUACAAAAUCGGAUUCAGCAUCCAAUUUCCGAUCGAUUCAUGCUAAAAUUUUCAAUUUUCUAAUUCUCCGUUUUUUUUAAGUGACUUUAAACAGUUACAGUUUUGGAUUUGUGUGUGCAAAACCACCGAUGUCACACCUGGAAGGGGGCCGCGCAAACCGACGUUCUCAAUGCCAUUGGUGGUCGGCGCGCCCCCGCCCGUUUGGCGCAGUGGCAGAGUGCUCACUCGGCAGUCUGGAGGUGUCGGGUUCGAAACUUUUGACCUUGAAAGAUGUUUUGCUCUUUUAGAACAUAAUUUUUCUUCAAUUUAUAUGUUGCCUCUUUGGUUUCAGCCUCCAAACAGAGGCGAAAAACGCGUGCGGCGGACUUGCAUUAGAGACUCCGCCCCCUCCUCGGCCGCCGACCGGGGAGAAAACAGACCAACUUUGAAGGGGUGUAACUCGGGAUGUACCGAAAAUUUUGGAGAAAAAAAUUGGGAGCGUACUCAUAUAGAGUAGGGGAACACAUUCCAACAAAAAUUUUAUGAAAAUUCGGAGUUUCGUGAAACCCGUUGCGGUCCCUAGAUAUGGAAUCGAAUCAAGAGUUCAUAGUAUUGGCGGCCUACAAAUAUAGCUUGCCACCUGGCUAUAUACUUCCGUGUACCUCGUUUCAUUUCCUUUUUUAGUAUUUAAAGUUCUAGGAACAUGACAUAAAUGUGUAAUUAUGCAGCACACUUUUCCCAGUAUUCCAAUAAUUGCAUGUUUGUUCUCUAGCCACUUUGGCCCUUCAUUGUACCGAUGCCUUCAGUGCGCCCAUCAAUUUGUACAGUGAAACGGUAUUUUUCACAGAAAUAGUCAUUGUUGUCUUUCAGCCUAUACAUACACUGUGCCUCCUUCAAAAGUUGCGCUUUUAGAUGCCAGUCCUGACGUACCGGAUACGCCUGAACGUGAUCAUCAGUCUGUGCCUGCAAGUUCGGUUCGCUCCUCGAUUGUCCAGGUUGGUAGUGAAUAAAAAGACAGAAUUGAUUCGAGAAAUGUUUCAGAAAAGAAGAAAAAAAACUGUGCCGGAGAGCAGUUAGAAUUCGCCAUUUUCUGGAAUAAACGUGAGACGAAGGCAAUAUCGAAAGCUCAAAGACCACACCGAUUUCAGCUGUCAGCCUGCACGGCUUCUGGCAUGGAAUCACCUGUUCGCACACGCUUUUCCUACUCCUUAUCCAGUGA